UGGCCGUCCUGUCAGUAAUUUCAUUGGGUCGGAACUGGAACAGCCGCUGUUAUAUCAGUCGGCUAAAUUCCAAAAUCCCCUUCGGGCGCUCCUUGACAUUCAGAUUUAAAUUCCUCCCCGAACAGUUGCCCUAAAGUGCGGUCGCAUCAGUGAUUAUACGCCCCCAGAUCCCCAGUCUCGUAUCGAGGGAAGAACCAUCCAAUCAUCGAUCCCAUUGCAUCCGAGUGAGAGAUAGAGCGAGAUACCAGAUUAAUUAUGGGCCAGACGCUAUCAGAACCGGUUACCACGAAGGACUCGGCCUGCUGCUCCAAUGCUAGCUUCCGUGUGGGCUCUAGCUGCAUGCAGGGAUGGCGUGUGGAAAUGGAGGACGCACACACCCACAUCCUCUCCCUGCCAGACGAGCCGCAGGCGUCGUUUUUCGCUGUCUACGAUGGUCAUGGUGGAGCAUCGGUGGCCAAGUUUGCGGGAAAGAAUAUGCACAAGUUUGUGACUCAACGACCGGAGUACCGCGAGGACACCGCCAUGGCACUCAAGAAGGCCUUUCUCGACUUCGACCGCGAGAUCCUGAUGAAUGGUACCUGGAAUGACCAGGUGGCUGGGUCCACUGCCGUGGUGGUUUUGAUUCGAGAGCGGCGACUGUAUUGCGCCAAUGCCGGUGAUUCCCGGGCCAUUGCCUGCAUCUCCGGCUCGGUUCAGGCCCUCUCUGUGGAUCACAAGCCCACCGAUGAGGCCGAGACGAGGCGAAUCCUUGCCGGCGGCGGUUGGGUGGAGUUCAAUCGGGUUAAUGGGAACCUGGCACUUUCCCGGGCCCUCGGUGAUUUCAUGUACAAGAAGAAUUCGCACAAGCGAGCCGAGGAUCAAAUCGUGACCGCAGAUCCGGACGUACAAGUCCGCGACAUCACCGAGGACUGGGAGUUCGUUGUGCUGGCCUGCGACGGCAUCUGGGAUGUGAUGUCCAAUGCCGAGGUGUGUCAGUUCGUGCGCAGUCGCAUCGCCGCUGGCGUUUUGCCGCCGGAGCGGAUCUGCGAAGAGUUGAUGAGCGCCUGCCUGGCGUCCGACGUACAGCUUAGCGGUCUGGGUGGCGAUAAUAUGACCGUGAUCCUUGUCUGCUUCCUACACAACAAAAGCUACGAGGAUCUGGUUGUCCGUUGUGGCGGCGCACGAAAGCCACCGAUGGAAAGUGCCGGCGACAUCAAGGAUCAUCCGACCAGCAUGAGGCUGGCGUCGACCUCGGCCUCCGCCUCCCGGUUGGGGAUGACGGCUCUGUCUAUCCUUGAUGGCGAUUCCCAGCGGAAGAACGCCUAACCGUUUCAAAUCAUUUUCAUUUUGAAGUUUUUUUAUGUUGAAUGACAUUUUUCGGCCCCGAAACAUUUUGCACCAGAUUUUGCACCAGAUCCGUAAAUUUCACCAAAUGACAGUUUAAAUUCUUAGUCCACACAUAUCUGUGUUCUUUCGACAUUUUUUUUAGUCAUCUUGCAAUGCAAAAAAUUUAAUAAAUUGUUUUCCAAAAAUCAAGUGAAAAUUUUAAUUUUCAUUUUACUGUAAAAUUAUGACUUGCAAACUUGAAAAAUAAACAUUCGUUCCGUCCCAGGAAAUCGGAAAA